UGAGUUUCUUGAAAGCCCAGCGCCAACCCAAAACUACUUUUUCUAAAGGAAAAACGACAAGCAAUUAAUUGAAAUCUCAUCAUUUAUCUUUAUCAUAUAUUCCGAAGAAGACGAAGACGGAGACGACGACGAAGACGAAGAGAGCAUCAUCGGAGCUAUUAAAAACAGAGAAAAAGAAACUGUAAAAGUCAUUACUCAGACUCAGACAGCAUCAUCGCUGUCGGAGCUAAGGAAAAUGGCUCACUCGAGACUUGAAGACGCCACUGGUUUGAAGGAAGAUCUCAUCGCAAACGCCUGGUCCGCCGCCAUUAAAGCUCACAAGCAUCCUGAGAAGCCAUUUCUCCUUGAUAAAACCCGAGAUUUCUCCGUCAUCAGCUUCGCCGGAUCUUGGUCGCCCGACGCCUGGUUCUCCUCUUCCGAUUCGUCUUUCGGAGAAACGAAAAUCGAUUCUCGGCUGUUUCCGUCCGUCAGGAGCAUCGGCGUCGACGAUUAUGCUGUGGUCAACUCUGCAUUUUUUCAGAGAUUUGAGGGAAUUUUGGGGAAGCUCAAGGAGGUUCUGAGAGGGAAUAAGCCUGUGGUGUUUACUGGCCACUCAGUCGGAGGUCCAAUAGCCAUUCUGGCAACCAUCUGGCUGUUGGAACAGCAAAGAAACUCAGACUCAAACACCAACUUCACUCCUCCAAAAUGUAUCACAUUUGGAUCUCCCCUUGUUGGUAACUUCAUUUUCUCCCAUGCUCUCAAAAGGGAGAAAUGGUCAAUCCAUUUCGUCCACUUUGUCACGAGAUAUGACAUCGUUCCACGAAUCCAUCUUGCUCCUUUAUCUUCCUUACAACCACAACUUCAAACCAUCCUCAACACCUUGAACUCGAGAUCACUCGGGUCAGCAUCAAAUGGGAACGUAGCUACCGAGUUCUUCAUGACAGUGAUGAGGAAUGCAUCAGCAGUGGUAAGCAAUGCCGCCUGCCAUCUUAUGGGAAACACUAACCUUUUGCUAGACACUUUGAAAAGCUUUGUGCAAUUGAGUCCUUAUAGCCCUUUUGGCACUUACAUUUUCUUUACUGAAAGUGAGAAAGUGGUGGUGGUGAGCAACCCAGAUGCUGUUUUACAAAUACUAUUCUACUCUUGUCAGUUGAGUUCUGAGAGCGAAUGUGAUCACAUUGCUCAACAAAGUUUAAAGGCCCAUUGGGGUUAUGAAUCUAAAAUGCAGCAAAACUUGGAGCUCCUAUAUGCCAUUCGUCUAGAUGAAUUGGAUAAGCUUCCAUUGUCCUUAACAGACAGGAACACACCAAUAACUGAAGUAUUGAAUGAACUUGGCCUAAGUACGAGAGCUUUAUUGAAUCUUCGGGCAGCCGGCACAUACGAAGAGCAGAAAAUGAAAAAUCAAGAAAGGAUGGAACUAAAGAAACAGUAUAUCGAGGAACGAUUGAAUUGGCUAGAAGAAAAUUACAGAGCUGUAUGUAAUGUUGACGGUUUGGGAUAUUAUGAUGCCUUUAAACUCCAAGCGGAUCCGAAAGACUUCCAAGCUAAUAUCAAGAGGCUUGAGCAGGCAGGCAUAUGGGAUGAGAUCGUAGAAAUGCUCAAAAGAUAUGAGCUCCCAGAGGAAUUCGAGGGCAAUGAUGAGUGGAUAAAACUCGGAACCAGGUUUCGCCGUCUCGUUGAGCCUCUAGAUAUUGCUAACUACUAUAGACACUCGAAGAAUGAUGAUACUGGUCCUUAUCUGACAAAAGGAAGGCCGAAACGUUACAGAUUUACACAGAGAUGGCUCGAACAUAGUCAAAAGAUGACAGAACCCAGUGAAGAAUCAACUCUUUGGGCAAUAGUUGAGGAGCUUCGUAUCCAAACCAAAACCAAAAUGUAUGCUGAAUGUUCAAGAGAAAUUAUAGAGCUGGAGAAGAAGAUGAAGCGAUGUGUCAAUGUGAUUGAAGAUGAUAUGUUGUUAGAGAAAUCUACCUUCAUGGAGUGGUGGAAGACACUUCCUGAGCAUCAUAGAUCACAGUCUUGUAUUAAGGAUGAUAUCGAGAGGAUGGUAAAUAACGAGGAUGCUACUAACACGAUGUAGUCCGACCUAAAUGCGCCAUUGUACUUGUAAAAGAAAUGAUGUUCCAACAGGAUCCCUUCUGUUUGUAUGAAUAAUUAGAAACUUAUUUUUAAAAAAAUGCCCUAAUGUAGGAUGUACUUCACUUUUUAAUGAAUAUGUUCUAAAACAAUUUCACUGCCAAUUUUAUACUCA